AACCACGGAGGGCGGUAAAAGAAGAGGGAAAUUUAAAGAGUGGCUCUCUGACAUCCACAGCCAAUUCAUCUGUGACGCUAUGAAAAAGUCGGUUUCAUUGUACGUGUAACGAAGAAAUUUAUUCAAUAUGGAUUACUUAGGAGAUCAGAGUAUAAAUCAGGACUCUCCGUCCAAACAGAGUUAUGUUGGCAGUUUUCACAUGCCCCCAGAGAAGCUGUCAAGGCCCCUGUACAUGAACACAGUGACGCAUCCAGUGGACAGAAAGAGCUCAAGUGUACAGGAAAUCAGUCCACAGCUUUAUCGAACAGUGCCUGAUGCUGGAAGCAGAUCAGUGAUAGCAGCUCUAAAGACACUGCAGGAGAAGAUGCGACGUUUGGAGCUGGAGAGAGUUCAGGCAGAGAAGAACGUCCAGCACUUCUCUCAGGUUGCUCAACACAAGGCUGACCCUUCUGCACAGAGAGAACAGGAGAACAUCACCAGAGAGAAUGACUCCACACAGAGGAAUGAGCUAGUUUCCAAGCUUCGCUCAGCAGAAACACGUUGUUCUUUGCUGGAAAAACAGCUUGACUACAUGAGGAAAAUGGUGGAAUGUGCAGAUACAGACAGAAUCAGUCAGAGUGUGAGACAGGAGACUGUGUGUAAGGAGAGCACACAUACAGACAUACAAAUACAGGCCCAGCUUAACAAAUUGGAAAAACUGGAAAAAGAGUAUCUGAAACUCACCAGUACACAGUCUAUCGCUGAGAGGAAGAUUGAGCUCUUGGAACUGAAACUCUUAGAGGAGGAGCAUGAACGCAAGCUUGUGCAGGAGAAAGCAGAGGAGUUACAGAGAGAGCUUGAGAACAAUCUCUUCUCCCUUUCUGCCGCUACUCAACCUAAGGGCAAGAAGAAAAAGAAAAAAGAUAAGGCUUUUCACAAGAAGUCCCCCUCAGUGAAGAUGGAGGUACCCCCCCCUCAAUAUCCCCCUAAGGCUAAAUGCCUACCAUUUGUGGCUGGAACUUCGACCAGUCCUAGCCACUCAGUCAAUGUCAACGUACAAAGUGUUUUACAUAUAAUGAAGCACAGGAACCCAAGGCGUUGUGCUCUACAGAAGUCGGGUUCUGAGAAACAUCAGGCCCAACACAGACCCCCAUCCACCCUCAGCAAUGCCGCCUCCACUCUGGGUAGCAUCUCUGAAGUUCUGCUCGCCCUUCAAGAUGAACUGGGACAGAUGAGCUUUGAACACCAGGAGCUGGCCAGGCAGAUUGAUGAGACCACUAAACGAGAGCUGAGGGAGGAUCUGGAACGAGAGCUGGACUCUCUGGUCAAAAAAAUGGAAGAUAAAGCUGCACAGAUAUCCAAACUGCGCAAACACCAGCAAACGGUUCAGGUAAUCUCCCAGCCAUCCUCCAGCCCCAAACAGAAGCUACUUAGGACAGCCAGUGUAGAAGGUAUUACUAGGGCACAAAUUGGGGUACAAGCCUUGCCACCAUCACCAGUUAAAGCCUCUCAGAAACAAAACAGAGCCAACCAGGCGCACCUGAGGCUUCUCAGAGAGAGACCGAGACUAUGCUCCAGCCUCCGCAGACAGGACAUCAACUGGGAAACAUAGUGUGGUUUAUUGUCCUGAAACACCAAUUCUGGUGUUUCAGGACAAUAAAAAAAAAAGAGACCUUAAAGCAACAGGAAACAGAAUGACAUCUAAUUGCCCUUGGAAGAUCAAAAACCAAUGCAUUAAUCUGCAUCUAAUUGUGGGAUUGUUGUAGGUCAAAGUCCAUAUAAGAUUUGUGCUCAACUCAACUUUAAAUUACUGUAAUACAUUGUUUAGUUGAUUUUUAUUUCUGUUUUGGAUAUUUUGCUGUUUUAAUAUGUAAAUAAAAUUUUAAGU